AUGGUCAGCAAAGUUCAACCUGUUGUGGGAGAAGCAACAACAACACUCGCAGAACAAGAGAGCCAACAUCACCACAAAAGUACUCUUUCCAAGCAGCAGCAACAUGAGAUUUUCUCAACUUCUGGGGAUUCCUAUGAAGAACUUUCAGAUCAACCAAAGAAGCAACGUCCUUUUGUAUUGAGAGCAUUAUUGAGCGUGAGAUUAUUCUUGAUUGUGGUCAUUACUUCAGUAGUGAUCAUGACUGCCAUCUCCAUUUGGGUUGCAGCAUUUGUUGUGAAUGAACAAACGGCUAUGGAACAAGUGAAUGUCAUCAUUUCGAAUAUGAAUGAAAAGAUUGCGUCUUUCAUGAAUAGUCAACUCUUACCCGCGAAACUCGUUUCGAAACAAAUGGUUGCUGAUUACCAUAACUCUAAAAUUGAUUUGGAACCAAGCAUUCAGCCGUAUCUCUUCUCUAAGGUCAAAUUGUUUGGUGUUACAAAUACGAACUUGUGUUUAGGAGAGAAGGGAAACAAUAUACUCUAUGCAUACAGUAUGAACGCAGAUAAUUCUCUCGUUUAUGGAGUCAAGUUACAACAAGGUACUACACUUACCAUCUACAAAGCCAAUAAUGAAACUGGUGUAGUGAACUUUAAUGCUGUCGCCCUCAAUGUGACCUACUUUGUUGACAAGACGGAUUACUAUCAGGAAUCCUUGCGUAUUUUUCGAGAUUUCUCAGAAGAGGGCGGAUUUGGUGACGUGUAUAAGGUAAUUGGAGGAGGACCCCAAAGCACAUUUUGGUCAACACCUGUUUACAAUAGAACAGAACUCGCUAAUGGUAACAAGACACGUGUUGGAAUUGCCAAAGUCAACGUUUCUCUCGUGUACAUUGCUCAAUUUUUGAAAACAGUCAAAGUUCUUGAACGAGGUUAUGUCAUCAUUUCAGAAUUUUCCAACAACUACGUGAUUGGAAGUAGCUUGAAUAUUCCAGGAAUUGAUGACAAGAGAAUUAAGGCAACUGAUAUCACAACACGAGAUGCAGGUAGUGUCAUGACAAAAUUUUUGAGUACGAACGCAAACUCUUUGGAACCUGUUAUCACAUCAAUUGAGAGCAAUGGAACCAAAUACUUGGUCUCAUCAACGCCUUACGUUUUGUCUAACCUUAAAUGGAGAAUGACUCUCGUGUUUGAAGAAAAUGAAAUCAAGAAGGGGAUUAUUACAUCCAGCUUUGUCAUUCUUGGUGUGACUCUCGGCGUGACAACUCUUGGUGUGCUUAUUAGCGUAACUAUUGGUUGGAUUGUUACCAAUCCAUUUAUUAACCUCCAAGAAGAUUUCAGAAAGAUUGAAGUACUGGAUUUAUCCAAUAUCAAGGAACGAAGUGCUCUCUUUAGUGAGGCUAAAAGUAUCUACUCAAGUCUCAACGAAACUGUGCGAUGGUUAAGCGAAUUUAAAGCAUUUUUACCAGAUUCUGUUCUCAAUCAACUUGAAAAUGCCAAACUUCAAGCUCAAGACGUACAUGUAGGCCAAGUGAUGGCCACAGCAAAAGACACAAAGAAGGAAAAGCAAAAUGCCCUUGAAAAAGGAGAGGAGCAUUCAAGCGUGAAUUCUAGCUCACACAAAAUGGAAUCCAGUCUAGGAACAGCGUAUAACAUGAAGCCAUCCAAGGACUUGUUUAAAUUGGGUCUAUCUCCAAAGGAUUUGGUUUCUCUUGUUCACGUCACCAUACCAAACUUGAACGAGGCAAACUAUUCAUUUGAAUCACUGAGUAGCAUCAUUUCGAAAUGUUUAGUUUCAGUUUCUACAAUUUGCAAAACAUGCAGAGCUGACUUGCAAAUACGAAGCUAUGACGAGUUUAUGAUUGUUUUUCACGAUAAGACGCCAUGUGUGACAGCUCUAGAAACAUGUUUAAAGUUAAAAGUGGUUCUUGAUUCCUUAAAUGACUACCUUGCAAAGGAAGCAAUGACUCCUCUUCAAGUUUGCAUGGGCGUGGCGAGUGGAGCCUGUGUGUUAGGAAAUGUUGGAAAUAAGCAGAUGCGAUAUUUUGCACAAGUAGGAGAGAUUGUUGCUCGUGCUAAAAACUUGACCGUACUGGGAGCGUUGGGCAAUGUAUCCCUCAUUGUUGACAAGCAUACUUUCAAACAAACCAAAGACGUGUUUGUUUUUAGGCCUGUAGAUCGAAUCAUGAAUUCCUCUAAAAACACAAUUGAAUCCGUGUAUCAAUGUAUUCGAAAAAGUGAGGUAUCGAAUGACGAGUGGAUGUAUGAACUUGAACACAAGACUCAAAACACGAAACAUGAGGCCUUUGCCAAUCAUUUCGCAAAACUUUUCAAUGAUGAAAAUCAAGAAUUGCCACCACAGGAAGUCAACGAAGUGAAAGAGUACUUAUUGAAUGCAUGUCAGCUCUCACCCACUGAUCCAGUUUUGCAAAAAAUCUCCAAGCUCAUCGGCAUUUCUUCACAACAGCAAUUAUCAACCUAUUAUUCACAAGUGUCUACCUCUGUAUUGAAUUACGUGCAAGGAAAAGCCGUCAAGUUGGAGUAA